ACCGGCGAUCACGCCGUGUGUGCUGCCCAACGUGGUGAAAUUUGUAGAACGUGUCUCGACUGGCUAGGGUUUAUUCGCCCGCUCUCUCGUUUUCUUUCUUUGCGUGGACAAGGCGCAAGGCGGCUAUCAUCGGCGCCUUGGCUGCGGCAUCUCGGAUCUUGCUGGAAUCCGCUCUUUCUUUGCUCUAAGAGGGAAUCAUGUCGGAAACCGAGGAUGUUCAGCCUCUCGUCUGCGACAAUGGAUCGGGAAUGGUCAAGGCCGGAUUCGCUGGAGACGAUGCGCCCCGUGCGGUUUUUCCCAGCAUCGUGGGUCGCCCGCGACACACUGGUGUGAUGGUUGGAAUGGGUCAGAAGGACGCUUAUGUGGGCGAUGAGGCCCAGUCCAAGCGUGGAAUUCUGACGCUCAAGUACCCCAUCGAGCAUGGUAUCGUGACCAACUGGGACGACAUGGAGAAGAUUUGGCACCAUACUUUCUACAACGAGCUGCGAGUUGCUCCCGAGGAACACCCGGUGCUCCUCACCGAGGCUCCCCUGAACCCAAAGGCGAAUCGCGAGAAGAUGACGCAGAUAAUGUUCGAGACUUUCAACGUUCCAGCAAUGUACGUUGCUAUUCAGGCGGUGCUGUCACUGUACGCGAGCGGCCGGACGACUGGUAUUGUCCUCGACUCUGGUGAUGGCGUCACUCACACUGUGCCCAUCUACGAAGGAUACGCACUCCCGCAUGCUAUCCUUCGUCUGGAUCUCGCUGGACGCGAUCUUACCGACGCGCUGAUGAAGAUCCUGACGGAACGCGGUUACUCUUUCACCACCACCGCCGAGCGUGAGAUUGUCCGCGACGUGAAGGAGAAGCUGGCCUACGUUGCGCUCGACUUCGAGCAGGAGCUGGAGACGGCUAAGAGCAGCUCCUCGAUCGAGAAGAGCUACGAGCUCCCGGAUGGACAGGUGAUUACUAUCGGCUCCGAGCGCUUCAGAUGUCCGGAGGUCUUGUUCCAACCUUCGCUGAUUGGUAUGGAGGCUGCGGGUAUUCACGAAACCACCUACAACUCGAUCAUGAAAUGCGACGUCGACAUCCGUAAGGACCUCUACGGAAACAUUGUGCUCAGCGGCGGCUCGACUAUGUUCCCUGGAAUCGCCGACCGUAUGAGCAAGGAGAUCACUGCUCUUGCUCCCAGCAGCAUGAAGAUCAAGGUUGUUGCACCACCUGAGAGGAAGUACAGCGUCUGGAUCGGAGGUUCUAUUUUGGCUUCGCUGAGUACCUUCCAGCAGAUGUGGAUUGCCAAGACCGAGUACGACGAGUCCGGCCCAUCGAUUGUGCACAGGAAGUGCUUCUAAGCGAAGAUAAGAUGAGAUUUUUAUGAUUGGAAUUGAGAUCUGGUGAGCCUUGCUUAGGCGAAGUCCACGGACUGUGUUUGAAUUUUCAAGUUACAUAGCAGGGUUGUAAAAAUACUAUAAGCAACGUUGGUAGAGAGCUGCUGCUGCUGCUGCUGAAGACUCUUGCAUUUUCCAUCAUCCUUAGGAUCACAGAAAACUUUUCUUAGUUGUCUCGCAUUUUUCUCUCUUUCAAUGGAAGUUUUUGUUUCUCUUU